AUGACAUCAAAAAAAGCGGUUGCAAUAGUUAUUGGCGUUGGGCCAGGUUUAGGAACGUCAUUAGCGAAACGAUUUGCUGCUGGUGGUUAUGCAAUUGGUCUUAUUGCACGAAAAGAAAGUAGUUUGCAACCUGUGCAAAAAGAACUUGAACAGCACGGUCAUACAGGUGAUCAAGUGUUAUUUUUAUUUGUAACAGCUGAUGCUGGUGAUGCAUCAGCAAUAAAAAGCGCUAUCGAUACGAUUCGAAAAAAAUUUGAUAACGAUCCUGAAGUGUUGUUAUACAAUGCCAGUGGAUUUUUUUAUGGAAGUGUUUUGGAUUUGAAACCUGAAAUACUUCAAACAGCAUUAAACACAACUGUUAUUGGUGCUUUAGCAGCCAGCCAAGAAGUUCUUCCGACCAUGAUCAAAAAUGGAAAAGGAACCAUAUUGUUUACUGGUGCCACUGCUAGCCUUCGCGGUUCAGCUAAAUUUGCUGGUUUUGCUGUAUCGAAAUUUGGAUUGCGCGCACUAGCUCAAUCCAUGGCUCGUGAAUUCGGUCCACAAGGUGUCCAUGUUGCUCAUAUAAUUAUUGACGGAGGGAUUCACCAACCAGGUCAAGCUGAAGGUAAAGUGUUCUUUCUUACUCCUAAAACAAAAACAAACAGUUACUUACGUGCUUAG